AUGGCUGCAUCUUCCAAAUGACAAUGCUCUGAAGAUCUACAGUGAUGUAUCUCCAGUGCUUUGCGGGCCGUUGCAUGCACUAAUCCGUUGGGGCAGUACAAGAAGUUUGAAGCCGACGUCCUACCUUAGACAAGAUUAUGUGACACAGCCGGAGAUAAAUUACUUGAGAGCUAAGGAGUGAAAGAAGAUGAUGUACUCGUCUAGACGAAAACCCGUUCUCUACUUCACCAAGGAAGAUAGCAGGUCAGGCCUGCUACUAAGGAUGUUGCCUAGAAGAUGUUCCAUCUUUAAACUAUUCUGUACAUUUAUAGUCCUUGGAUUCUUCUCUGUAAUGUGGCUGCAGUACAACUGCAGAGUAACCAGCAGCCAGAGCAGCAAUGAUGAUGGUUCGGUGUACAAGUCCUGCCGGGAGGAGACUGAUGAUCCAAGCUGGGGCCCUCACAAAAUUGCGAUCAUUGUUCCUUUCAGGGAGCGUUUUGAAGAACUUUUGAGUUUUGUUCCAUACAUGCACGCAUUUUUAAAGAAGAAGAAAAUCAGACACAAGAUCCUUGUAAUCAACCAAGUUGAUCACUUCAGAUUUAAUCGUGCCUCUUUGAUAAACGUUGGUUUCUUGGAGAGUGGGAAUGAUACAGACUACCUUGCUAUGCAUGAUGUGGACUUGCUGCCCCAGAAUGAAGACCUGGACUACGGGUAUCCUGAGAAAGGACCCUUUCAUGUGGCUUCCCCAGAACUUCAUCCCCUCUACCAUUACAAGAACUACGUGGGAGGGAUACUCCUCCUCACCAAACAGCACUUUGAACUGUGUAAUGGGAUGUCAAACCGGUUUUGGGGAUGGGGCCGGGAGGAUGAUGAAUUUUAUCGUAGAAUAACAGCAGCAGGACUGCAGCUUUACCGUCCUACUGGAAUUCAAACAGGUUAUAAUACCUUCAAACAUUUCCAUGAUCCAGCGUGGAGGCGACGAGACCAGAAGAGAGUGUCAGGACAGAAGCAGGAACAGUUUAAGGUUGACAAAGAAGGUGGAUUAAAGAACUUGAAAUACAGUGUCGGGUCCAGAACAGAGCUGACGAUCGCAGGGGUACACUGCACCAUUAUCAACAUCUUACUGGAAUGUGACCUGAACGAAACACCUUGGUGUAUAAUAAACUGAUUGGACAUAUGCUAGAAAUAAUUGGAUCUCUUCUAGCUGAAAUGGAACUGCUGACAAAGUGGAUAGACCUAUCACGCUGUGAUUUUGGGCUCCUGUUCUAUUGGUGAUGCUGUCAAUACACAAUGCCGUACCAGGUUCUGAAGUAGUUUUGGAAUAGUCUGUUGGGUGACACAUUGAUCAAUGUUACAAAUUUUUGCAGCAUUUGACAAGUUGGUUGCAAGAAUCCUUCAGUCUGAAUGGUUAGCGAUGUAAAAGGCUAUUCAUGGGAAGUUGCUCAUAAACUAGCAAAAUCUUCAGUUUUUUUUUUCCAAAUCCUUGUUUUCUUGUUAAGGUCACAGCCAGUAAUCUAUUUUUGGUGCUCUCCUGAUGGACUGUAUUUCGUCAUUCAAUGAGGCAGCAGAGGACUUCUACCAUUAUUGCAAAACAAUAUAGUAUGUUACCUUUCUGUAGAAGGAUCCCUUAAGCUUGUGGUGUCCACUUCAAAAAAAAUGUCAACCCUAACGUUGCAAUUUAGAGAGCAAUGGAUUCUCCUCUUGGUUCAUGGAAUGAUGGAAAAAAAGUUUACAAAGAAGUGAAUAUUGAAAUCUACAUAUCAAUAUAUUCGCAUUUGUCAAUGAACAUGGUUGUGACAUUGUGAUAAACAUUGUUUUUACUGCAGUCGACUAGUUGAUGGAUUCAUCAUGCUGAUUUUGAAACUCAGCCAGUGCAAAAUGUUCUUGGGUUACUGUCUGUACAGUUAGAAAAAGCUACAUUCCAAACUAAGUCUAGAAGAUGGAAAUAAUCUUAUAAUGAAGGUAAAGAACACCCUAGGCUGAUAAGGAACAAUCUGCUUUACAUUUUUACUGAUGAUUCAAAUCAAUAUAAAGGAAGUCUUUAUGCAUCUCAUGCUACUAUUACAAUAAUAGGCUGCAUGAUUUCACAGCUCCAGUUUUUGGAGCCUUCUCACCUUUAAUUCUUGUUCAAUGAGAGGGAGCAAUGCAGAAAGCAUUUGCCUUGAUUGUUCUGCCAUCCAGUGGAAGAUUUGCAGGACUACAUCAUGAAAUACUACAUAAGUGGAUGGACACUUUCUGGACCAGAUGAUUCUGACAUUCAUAAAGGAGAGAUGAAGAGAUCUUCAGAUCUCAUUGAUUUUUGUUUUGUUCUGCUUUGAAGAUGUAAAUUUCUUGUUUUUUGGGGGGAUUUUUUUUAACCUGUAAACAUCUCUCAAAAAUGAAAUGAAUUGAAACAGAUUCACAGGAAGAGAAAAAAAGUCUCAAAAUAUUGACAGAUUUGUUUCUUGAUUCAUUGAAGCAUCUGGUUUCAUCGAAGUAUCCAGAAUUUUAAAGGCACAAAGUAUGUUUUUUUUGAGAACAUUACGGAAGGGUACUUACCUGCUACUGCAUGAAUGACUGCUGCAGGUCUACAGCAGCGGCAAUGGCAGCAUCUCCUAUCAUUUGAUAUUUGUGAAUGGGAUGGAAGGAAGAUGUGUAAGUGAAUCUAAAUUCAGAAUAAUUUUUUUUAAACACAGUUUAUUUUAGUGUUUUACUAGGCUUUGCAAUAUAGGUCCAUCAAAAAUGGAUGGUGAUACAUCAGUAUUAGUGAGUGGAAACUGCCAUUUCAGUGCAUUUCUUCAUUGUAUUUAUUUCUUAACUUUUCAGAGUAUUAUAGUAGAAAUAAAUUAACUUUACC